GUGUUGGAAGAAUCUGUCGCCCUCAGCAUUGGUCGUGGUAGGGACAGAUCAGGGAUAAGUACAUGGGAAGAACUGGACAAUUAGGUGUGUGUGUGGGGGGGGGUGUCUGUUUUUCUGUGAUUGACAGUCCUAGGUCCUCCCCCUUCCUCCAUUCCUCUUCUCCCCUGCCUGCUGCAGGGCACUCCGAGGAAAGCAACUUUGCAGACCGUAGUUUAACCACCGGGCAGCGAAGCUUUCAAUGAACCGGAGCAACGGAGCCGUGUGAAGUGCUCCCACUGGCAGGGGAACAACAUGCACACAGGGCUUGUUGUUCUGGUUGUUUUCUGCCUGGCUGAGGAACUGGUGCUUGGGGGUGGGAAGAAAUCCUAUAACGGACCAUGUGGGGGUCGAGAUUGCAGCGCGGGCUGCAAAUGUUUUCCAGAGAAAGGUGCUCGGGGUCGACCGGGACCUAUUGGGAACCAAGGACCUAUAGGUGCUCCAGGAUUUACUGGGCAAGAAGGUUUGGCAGGGGCAAAAGGUGAGAGAGGGGCAGUGGGCUCUCCAGGAUCAGCUGGACUGAAAGGAGAUAAGGGUCCAAUGGGAGUUCCUGGAUUUCAAGGCAUCAAUGGAAUUCCGGGCCACCCUGGCCAGCCAGGGCCCAGAGGUUUUCCUGGACUUGAUGGCUGCAAUGGUUCUAUUGGGAGUCCUGGCGUUUCAGGGUUGGAUGGGUUUCCUGGUACACAGGGACCACCUGGUCGCUUUGGUCCCAAAGGUCCCAAAGGAGAUCCUGUGUAUGACGAAGGUGGCCCUAAAGGAAGUAAGGGUGAAAAUGGCCUUCCUGGAUUGGAUGGGAUUUCUGGUCCAAAAGGUUUCCCUGGCCCAGCAGGUUCUGUGGGUCCUAUAGGAUUGCCAGGUUUGCAGGGGCCAAAGGGUGCAAUGGGGCCACCAGGACCAAAAGGUAACAUGGGAUUAGGUUUCCAAGGAGAGAAAGGUGAAAAGGGAGAUGUCGGGCCAACUGGCCCUGCAGGUCCACCACCAUCCACUGGGAUACUAGAGUUCAUGGGAUUUCCAAAAGGGAAACCAGGAGUAAAGGGUGAGCCGGGCCCUAAAGGAUUCCCUGGGAGUAAAGGAUUCCCUGGCCCUCUGGGCUUUGGGGGUAUUGGCGAAAAAGGAGAAAAGGGGAUCCCUGGCUUACCAGGUGGCAGGGGAUUUCUGGGAUUGGAUGGAUCUGAUGGGAUUCCAGGGAAAAAGGGUCACGUUGGUUUCUCUGGUUUUCCUGGGCUGGAUGGAGUGCAAGGAAUGAAGGGUGAAUUAGGUGAAAUGGGUCCUCCAGGCCCACUUAUUUCUCUUGAUAGAGAAGACGGACUGGUCUCAGUAGGUGUGCCAGGAGAUCCCGGGACUCCAGGGACUCCAGGCCCUCGAGGAGAUGAAGGAAUUGCUGGUUUACCAGGCCUUCCUGGCACCCCAGGUCUCUCAGCUCUUGUUCAAGGGCCACCAGGUCCCAUGGGAUUUCCAGGUAUUCCAGGUACUACUGGUGAACCAGGAGACCAAGGGAGAGCAACAAUUGGAUUACCGGGCACUCCAGGCAUAGAGGGUUUACCGGGUAUGCCAGGACCUCCAGGAUUGCCUGGUCCAUCACAAAUCCUCAAUGGAGAACCUGGGGAACCAGGAAGACCUGGACAACGGGGAACACCAGGAGUUUUCGGACUAAAGGGGACCAAAGGGGAUCCAGGUGAUUGUGCUUGUGAUGGAGGAGCCACAAGAGCUGGACCAAAAGGUGCACCAGGCCCUCUGGGUCCACCAGGAAGUCCUGGUGAACCUGGAUUUAAGGGUUCCAGUGGAGAUCCAGGCACUGUGGGUUCACAAGGGCCGCGAGGGCCUCCAGCUUUACCUGGUCAACCAGGUUCUCCAGGCCUUAAGGGAGAAAAAGGGGAUCCAUCUUUUCCAAGAGGCAGAGGUCCCCGGGGGGAUCUUGGUGCAAGAGGAGCCAGAGGGCCUUCUGGUAUCCCAGGAACUCCUGGCAGAGAUGGAUUCCCAGGUUUACCAGGCCAGCCAGGUCCUCCGGGUGAUGGUGGACUAGGAUUUCCAGGCGAAAAAGGCCUGCCAGGAUUAUCUGGCUCCAAGGGCCGGCGUGGGGAGAGCGGUCUUCCUGGCAUUGGUUUCCCAGGUCCUAGCGGAGUUCGCGGCCCUGCAGGUGACCCAGGAAUGGAUGGCUUUCCAGGACAAUCAGGUCUUCCAGGUCCUCCAGGUGACUGCUGCUGCGGUGAGGAGGUUGGUAAAGGAAUCUUAGACACAGAGGGAGGGAUCACCUUGCCCUGUGUAGAUUCUGGAGCGUUUGGUGCACCUGGGCCUCCAGGAAUACCAGGAUUUCCAGGUCCCAAGGGCAGCCCGGGGUUUCCAGGCAGUCCAGGUCAACCUGGAUUAAGUGGGUCAAAAGGACAACCAGGUAUUCCAGGAUCAAUGGGAUUGCCAGGAGCACCAGGCUUUCCUGGGCCUCGUGGAGAUCAGGGACGACAAGGACUUCCUGGACUUGAUGGAACAGAUGGUUUCCCUGGAAAGAUGGGAGCUCCUGGCUUGUCAGGGGCAAAAGGAGCUCCAGGUGAAGUGUUUGGUGCUGAAAGAGGAGCCCUGGGUGAGCCUGGCAGACCUGGAUUCCCAGGAAAUAAAGGGCUUAUUGGAGAACCUGGAUUUCCUGGACAGACGGGUGUUGACGGAAGGCCUGGCUCACCAGGUUUUAAAGGCCAACCGGGUAAUCCAGGGUUCCCAGGUAUUGGUGGAUUGCGAGGACCUCCUGGUCCUGGAGGUCCAUUUGGCAUUAAAGGAGAACCAGGUCCCAGGGGAGCAGUUGGCUUCUCAGGAUCACCAGGACUUCCUGGAGGCAAAGGACCAACUGGCGAUGCAGGUCCACCGGGCCCUGCUGGUAUGAAAGGCUUCCCAGGCCUAGAUGGUUUUCCAGGACCACUUGGGGACAGAGGAUUCCCAGGAUCACCUGGGCCUUUGGGUAGAGAUGGACGUCCAGGUUUCUCUGGAGCAAAAGGUGAAAAGGGUCCUCCCGGGUUGAUUGGCUUUCCUGGCAUGCCAGGCCUGCCUGGUAUCCCUGGGGUGAGUGGGCUGAAAGGAAUUCCUGGGUCAGCUGGAAGGGAAGGAAAUAUUGGAUAUUCUGGACCCACUGGUCUAAAAGGUGACCGGGGUGAGCAAGGGCCCCCUGGACUCCUGGUUCUUAGGCCUCCAGAAUUGGCAUUGGUAUUGAAGGGAGACAAAGGCGAUCCUGGGUCAGCUGGAUUGAGAGGAUUCCCUGGACCUAGAGGUGAUAAAGGAUUCCCUGGAAACCUUGGACAACCUGGUCUUCCUGGUUCACGAGGGUUGCCAGCCACAGAUAGAGGACUACCUGGUGAUGCAGGAUUCCCAGGUCUGCCUGGACCGCCUGGCUUGCCAGGACAGAAAGGACUGGCUGGAAUCAUAGGAUUACCCGGAUUUCCAGGAGAAAGUGGUUCAGAGGGUAUCUCAGGAGCACCAGGGUAUCCAGGGACUGGUGGUUUCCGUGGUCCCAAGGGUGACCCAGGGGAAUCACUUGGAAUUUCUGGUGGGUUAGGAGAUAAAGGAGAACGAGGGGACCGUGGAUUCCCAGGUGAGAGGGGAAAAGAUGGGCCAAAGGGUGAACCAGGAUACCCAGGAAGCACUGGCAUGGAUGGGCCUAAAGGUAUCCCAGGUGACCUGGGCCGAGAAGGACCACCAGGCCCCCCUGGAAUUGCUGGGUUGCGAGGAAAUGCAGGUCUCCCAGGUUCGCCAGGGCAGCCUGGACCUGUAGGAUUCAUCGGACUCUCUGGGAUAGCAGGGCCAAAAGGAUUCCCUGGAUUUCCUGGUUUAAAUGGUCUGAACGGCUUGCCAGGCACAAAAGGGUCACCUGGAACACCAGGUCUAAGUGAAGCUGGACUGAACGGCCCUGCAGGGCUUCCAGGUCCUAAGGGUGAAGAAGGUUCCCCAGGCAUUGGCCUAGGAGCCCCAGGACGCCCUGGGCAGAAAGGAUCAUCAGGAGACAUGGGUCCUCCAGGUACUUUGGGUCUGCCCGGUUUACCAGGGCCUCCUGGCAUCUCUCUUCCUUCAAAUAUACCUGGGAGGCGUGGUGAUCCUGGCCGUCCUGGAGUGGAUGGGAAUCCAGGCCCCCCAGGCCCUCCAGGUCCUCGAGGGCUCUCUGGCCCAGCCUCCAAUCAAGGUGAUACUGGCCUUCCAGGUCUCCCUGGAGUUCCUGGUUUGCCAGGCAUAAAGGGUGACAUGGGACUCCCCGGUCCACCUGGAAUUCCAGGAGCUUCAGGACUCAAAGGUGUGAAGGCUGAGCCAGGCCUUAUGGGGAUGCCAGGUAAAGAUGGGCUUCCCGGGGACCCUGGAAUUCCUGGUCUGAAAGGUGAAACUGGUCGUCGAGGUUUUCCAGGCCCACCAGGCGCUCCAGGCCUAGUACCAAAACCAGAAGAAGUCAUAGUUCCUCCAGGGCUACCUGGUCUGCCAGGAAUUGAUGGUGUCCCUGGCUAUGCUGGAGAUCGUGGAUUUCAGGGACCAGAUGGACAGCAAGGUCCAAAAGGUCUGUCAGGCAGAUCAGGUCAGGUGGGACGUCCUGGUUUACCGGGGUCAGAUGGCAUAGUUGGGGAUCCAGGAACCCCAGGAAUUCCAGGGCUACCAGGAUUGGAAGGUGUCUCUGGAAAGCCAGGCCCAUUUGGUUUGCCUGGAAUGCCAGGUCGGGGUGUAGGCGUUGGAUACACUUUGGUGAAGCACAGCCAGUCGGAGCAGAUCCCGCCAUGCCCAAUUGGAAUGAAUAAGCUCUGGGAGGGUUACAGCUUGCUGUAUGUGGAGGGGCAGGAAAAGGCGCACAACCAGGAUCUCGGUUUUGCUGGCUCCUGCUUGCCUCGCUUCAGCACCAUGCCAUUUAUUUACUGCAACAUCUACGAGGUGUGCUACUAUGCCAGCCGCAAUGACAAAUCCUACUGGCUCUCCACCACUGCUCCCAUCCCUAUGAUGCCAGUGAGCCGGCUGGAGAUCCCACAGUACAUCAGUCGUUGCUCGGUGUGUGAAGCACCUUCCCAGGCUAUUGCAGUACACAGCCAGGACAUUACCAUCCCGCAGUGCCCCGAGGGCUGGCGCAGCCUGUGGAUUGGAUACUCUUUCCUAAUGCACACUGCAGCUGGCGCAGAAGGCGGAGGUCAGUCCCUUGUCUCACCCGGCUCUUGCCUUGAGGAUUUCCGUGCUACUCCUUUCAUUGAAUGCAAUGGUGCCAGAGGAACCUGCCAUUACUUUGCAAACAAAUACAGCUUCUGGCUGACGACAGUCGAACGCACGCAGCAGUUUGUCAGUGCUCCUCCCUCAGAAACUCUGAAAGCAGGACAGCUCCGAACACGAGUCAGCCGUUGCCAAGUAUGCAUGAAGAACUUGUAGCAAAAACCACUCAAACAAAUAAAACUUUGCUACUUAAGAAUUUAAACCUCAAUCAUUGGAAGAAGAAAUAUAAACAAGCCCAUUCUGCUGGUGGUUUGUGGAUAAGUUACAACAGCUGGAACACUAUAGAAAUUAUGUUUUAGAUCCAUAAGAAACGGGACUUCACACAGAAGGAAGGAGGGACAGACUAAUGCUCUGAAACUUCUGACUGUUUUGUGGAACAUGGUGCUACACUUUUGCUUUCAUGUUUGUUUUCCUAUUCAUGGCUACCUCAGAAAGUCUCUGUGCCUUUCUCAUUCAGAUUGCAGCGUGACAAGCACUCCAUAUUAUAUCACCCAUCCCUAUUAUGCACUCAUCUAUAGCCAAUGAUAGAUUUUCUUAAAUAAGUUGGUGCUUCACUGAUGAGUUGGCUUUGCAGAAAGCAUUUGGCACGGCCUAGGGGAAUAAACCUUGAUUAGAUGAGAAAAUAGGUAAUGAAGUGGAUUUUCAAUAGGAAAGGAACUUAACUCUAAGGCCUGGUCCCCACUAACCCCCCACUUCAGACUAAGGUACGCAAAUUCAGCUACGUUAAUAACGUAGCUGAAUUCGAAGUACCUUAGUCCGAACUUACUGCGGGUCCAGACGCGGCAGGGAGGCUCCCCCGUCGAUGCCGCGUACUCCUCUCGCUGAGCUGGAGUACCGGCGUCAACGGCGAGCACUUCUGGGAUCGAUUUAUCGCGUCUAAACCAGACGCGAUAAAUUGAUCCCAGAACAUCGAUUGCCUGCCGCCAGACCCUCCGGUAAGUGAAGACGUACCCUAUACUAAUUAAAACAAAUCACUGCAGCAGAGGUGCUCAGAGUAUUAAGCAUUAGAGACUGAAACCUGGCUUACCUGGGAAGUUCUUACUUAAAGAUGAGCUCAUUUUGUUUUGCUUUUUAAAUCAAUUGGCAUAAUCUUUGGUUUCAGUGAUGCACAAGCAACUUGGAGCCAAAUUCAGACCAGCUGUAACUGAUUUCCCCAGUGAAAAAUGUGGAUUUCUACUUGAACUUAAAGCCAUUUUCAUUAUUCAGCACAGCUUUCUCUAUUGAAAUGUGCUCUAUGUAAGCACACAGUUCAAGGUUUGUUAUUAUACUUUUGUACUCUAGCAAUUUGUCACCUCCAGAAUAAUUUCAUUAGUACACCUCUACCCCAAUAUAACGCAACCCGAUAGAACACAAAUUUGGCUAUAUCGCGGUAAAGCAGUGCUCCAGCGGGGCAGGGCUGCACACGCCAGUGAAUCAGAGCAAGUUCGAUAUAACGCGGUUUCACCUAUAACGCGGUCAGAUUUUUUGGCUCCCAAGGACAGCGUUAUAUCGAGGUAGAGGUGUAUGUACUGUGGCAGAGCUACGACUUUGUCUCCGUGGGUCCCGUACUUCCAGGCGGUUUAUGCUAGCUUCAGAGGCUCAUUGCGACCCUCCACGUAACCCUUCUCUCUCUAGGACCAGGCUUACAGUCUACUGAGCCCUUUUCAUCAUAAGCCAGCAAGGAGGUUGGUGAGAGAACUCCCACAGUCUCUGUUGUCCCUACGGGCUUAUUCAAGAACAGUUUAGCCUCCUGUCCUGAUAGAACCUCCUGGGAAAGGAAGACAGGCCCCUUUCUGUAGUGGCGGGUUAGGGGGAACCCAGGCCUGCCCUCUACUCCAGGUUCCAGCCCAGGGACCCUAGUGGCAGUAGCUGUUGGCAGCCAACCUUUUACCGCCAGAGCUGCUACACUUCCCUGGGCCACUUCCACACAGCUCUCCCACUUCUCUCUCUUAAUGCCUUCCUCACCCUUACCUUAGGGCUCCCUUCCAGUGGCUUGAGAUAUCUUCAUUAGCCAGCCCUUCAGCCGCACUUCCUUUCCUCUGGCUCCCUUUUCUUUUCCCCCAGCCUGAUGGUAGUGAGCCCAUUUACAGUAUCCGAGGGGCCUUAAUUAGAGUCAGGUGUUCACAUUAGCUUAACGGCCUCACCAGGUUAAUUAGAGUCAGGCAUCCACCCUAGCCUGGAGCAGCCCCCGCUCUGGUCAGUCAGAGAACAGAAAACUGCUUAUCCAGUGGCCAGUAUAUCUGCAUUCUACUAAUCUGCUGUACCCAACUGGCCUGGGUCUGUUACAGUACAUGUGAAAUCAGCUUUCCGAGGUAGCUUUGGAACAGUUUUUUUUGUAAGUAUUCAAAUUGUGUAUAUUUUAAAAUGUAGAAGCCUUAUUAUUUAGCAUUCAAGGUUAGGGAAACACAGAAACAAGCAGCUGUUGGAUGUACAUUUUUUUUUACAGCUAAAAUCACCUGUAUUGUAUUCCUCAUCCACUGGGCUUUAUUUCUACUAGUUAAAAAACACAUUACUGUAUUUCUAAUGCACUGUUAAAUAGUCACACAGUUCCUUCAGGUUAUAAUUACAAUCAGUGGUAGUCAAUUUCUAUUUUCCCAUAUAUUCUAAGGGAAAGCCAUAAAUACAAUAUGCCCAUGUUGAGAAUUAACUAAGGCUAAAGCUAUUAAUUUCAGCUUCUUUCUACAGUGAGAUUGGUGAUACCCAGAGGUAUCAGCAUUUUAGAGGAUCUGAAGUGAGGGCCUUGUAAAUUUUUUUUUUUUUUUUUUUUUUAAAUUGAAAGACAAAACUCUACAGAAAGUUGCUACUGAUCCAGGAUAAAGACUUAAUCACUCUUCUUUAUUAUUGAUUUAGUCUAGCAGGGUACUUAGAACUCUGGCCUUGAUUCACUAAAGCGUGUGGUUGAAUUUAAGUACACAGGUAGGCUCAUAGAUUUCAACAGGACUACUCACAAGCUUAAGAGUGUUGCUGGAUUGUGGUCAGGGUACUCAAGACCCUUGCAUGGUUGAGCCCAAUUGGAGCUGAGCCAAUAACUUGCAGUCAACAAUUUAUUCUUUGAUGUAGCCUCUUUCUGCUUGCAAAAUAUCAAUCACAACUUUGAAUUAUUCAACAAACAUCUCAUUUUUCCACUCCAUAGUUUGAUGAUGCAUCCAUGUCAGAUACCUGAGCUGUCUUUUAGUUGGGACUGCUCCGAUAAGUCGCAUGGUAUUUGACUUUGAAUUUCACUUUCUGCAAAUAUUGGUGUCAGUAAAACUCAAAUAACUCCGGUGUUUGUUUUAAAAAUUUGAGCAAAUAUUUGUGGAAAACAUUUUUAUUUGUCACCCAUUCUACCCAUUAGGUGCCAGCAGGAGAAGCACCAGGUCUGGUACCAACUUAUUUGUUUGGAUGUUGAGGGGAGGGGUGAGGAAAAGCGGGUUCUGCUCUGGAUGCACAUGACUGAAAUACACAUGUCUUUUCAGGAGCAGGGUCUAUGUACUUGUUUAGCUUUAUGCCCCGUGCGUAAUCUCAUUGCUUUCAGUGACAGAACUUCCAUUGACUUCAGUAGGGCCAGGAUUUCACCCUGAUGGGUAAUGUUAAGCACAAGCAUGUCUUUGCAAGAUCAGGGCCACAGUCUGAUCUUCUUCCAUUCCUAUCUCCAGACCUUCUUCUAAUCAACCCUGUAUUUACCCCCUCUCCUUCCAGCUGCUGCUCACUACAGGCUUCCUGGAAAAGUGUCAACUUCAGAUUUCGCCUCUGAGUUGUGUUUACGUAAUGAAAGAUAACAGGAGGGCAAUAAAAAAAAAAAUGGACUGAGGAUGAUAUAUGCCUAGCUUCAUUGCUCAGUCAUCUAGCGGGUACUUCCCUUUUCUGUGUAGAUGUCAUCCUUUAGAAUGUAAGCUUUUCACAGCAGGGGCUGCAUUUUCACUUUUGUCUGGAAGGCACCAAGCAUGGUUAUGGUCUUAAAUGAAUACUAGUUGGGGAGACAUCACAGUUGUUGUUUUUUAAAACAGCGUGCGGUGACAUCUCCUUUUGUUAAUGUUCAGUUUCCAAACUGUGGUUAAUAAAGGCAAACAAGACAUUAA